CUUUCGCUUUUUCCUUUGAAACAGCUUGAAUUGGCCUAUCAAUCCCAUCCAUUGGAAGCAUCGAAAAAAUGACUCACUUUACGAGGACAAGGGUUUCAAAGUGGCUACGGCAUGUUCAUUCCGUCGAUGCGGCACCACGGCAAGAUCCUGGAGGUAGCGGACGCAAAGGGCCCGCACGAAACAGGCCAACCACUCACUCUCCCCCAGUGCCCGAUCUCUCCACCAUCGGGGAAGUUUACGGGGGAUCGCAACCUGUCUCAAGCACAGGAACCCAGGGAACCGGGCAAACUUUAAAGGGUAUGAGGCCCAGUGAGAACUCUGAACUCACAUGGGCUUCAGGACGACCGUCUUUUGCCGUCCAACCCUGCCCGGAGCAUUUUGACUGUUGCGCGAGAGCUUACUAUAACGGGACUCAUUCCAUGGAGGAUGAUCGAAUUUCCUGUGCUACGACCGUCUUCUCAAACAUGUCUCAACUGCCCAAGUCAUAUCUACUGCCCCGUAGACCGUAUUCAUGUAGUCUAGCCAUGCUUCGGUGAUGGGUUCCCAGAUGCUAAAGCAAUCAUCAAUACAACUCGGGUAUUUUGGCCCCUCCCAUUGUGAUGCUGUUGAAAGGUGAAUACAGCAAGCAAACCAACCGUCAGCCAUCGGAACCGCCGGGAACCUAGAAGGCACUA